CUUACUUCCCGUCGUGUCCGAAGCUCAAUUCAUUCUGGACGUAGAGAGAUUGGGCGUAUGAUCCAGCUAUGAGGGCCAGCGCUGUGAUGGCCUUGGAGAAGUGCAUGAUUGCUUGUGGUGAACGCUGCAAAGGCCAGCUUGGCCAAAUUUUUCGUCUGAAGCUCCAAGAUGAUGCGAAUGUAUCCUUUAUUGAUCCUGAGUGUGCGAGGGGUUAUUAUAUGUGAGGAAUUAAUUAUUUUGGUGGACCGGAUCGCCAGGGCCGGUUGUUGAUGACAGCUUGCAGAAGCUCACAAGAGCACCGAAUGAGGACCAGUGCUAUGAUCGUGUUCCGCAACCCCUUGCCCAAACCCGUUAUGGAGGGACCAAGCUCGAAGACAAAUUUAUGGUGGAUAACGUGUUUAACAGCGAUUUCGGCGGGGAAGAGCGAUGCGUCCAUGGUUGUUAUAUAGAAUAUAGAAGUCUAUAUAGAAGGCAUAGACGUGUUCUUUAUUUUCCAGGUUAUCAUUUUUGUCGCGUGUUGAUUCGAUGGCUGUAUGGGAUUGAGAGGGCCGUCAAUCCCUACAACCGGAGUGGAGCUAGACCACUAUAGAGGUAGCAUCAACGGCAAUUUACCCCAGCUAUUCCGACGGCACGCCUCGAUUUUAAUAUCGUCAGAUCCUCAUCCACAGCCCAUUGCACUCCACAACGGCGACGGCAGCUCUGGAUAUGCUUCCAUGUCGGAAAUAUACCCCUCGUUAGCACAGUGCGCCGUGCUGGCCACGGCCUUCAAGGUCCUCCUCUUCCCAGCAUACAAAUCGACCGACUUCGAGGUCCAUCGCAACUGGCUCGCAAUCACCAACAGCCUCCCCGUCCAGGAAUGGUACUACGAGAACACUUCAGAAUGGACUCUCGACUACCCGCCCUUCUUUGCCUACUUCGAAUGGCUCCUCUCCCAGGUCGGCCGGCUCGUCGACCCAGAGAUGGUCCAGGUCUACAACCUCAACUAUGAGAGCUGGCAGACCGUCUACUUCCAGCGCGCAACCGUCAUUAUCACAGAGCUGGUCCUGGUUUAUGCCCUGCACCUCUAUGUCGAGACCUCCCCCGCCUCCACGAAACGCGCCGCCCGCGUCGCAGCUCUCUCGAUCCUCUUCUCCCCCGGCCUCCUCAUAAUCGAUCAUAUCCACUUCCAAUACAAUGGCUUCCUCUACGGGCUCCUCAUUCUCUCUCUCGUCCUCGCGCGCAAGAAGUCGACGCUCCUCCUCAGUGGCAUCCUCUUCGCCGUCCUCCUGAUGUUCAAGCACAUUUACCUCUAUCUCGCCCCCGCAUACUUCGUCUACCUCCUCCGCGCGUACUGCCUGGGACCCAAGUCAAUCUUCCAUAUCCGCUUCGGUAACACCAUCAAGCUCGGCGUUAGCAUCCUGGCCGUCUUCGCUGCCGCCCUGGGACCAUUCGCGUACUGGGGCCAGAUGCCGCAGCUGUUGAGCCGUCUGUUCCCAUUCUCGAGGGGCUUGUGCCAUGCGUACUGGGCUCCGAAUGUGUGGGCUAUGUACUCCUUCACAGACCGCGUCUUGAUCUACGUCGCCCCGCACAUCGGCCUCCCCGUCGAUGCCUCCGCCCUCCAAAGCGUAACCCGCGGUCUCGUAGGCGACACCGCCUUCGCGGUCCUCCCCCCCAUCACGCCCUCAACCACCUUCGCCCUCACCAUCGUCUUCCAAAUCAUCCCCCUCAUCCGCCUCUUCACCGACCCCACCUGGCCCACCUUCAUCGGCGCCACCACCCUCUGCGCCUACGCCUCCUUCCUCUUCGGCUGGCACGUCCACGAGAAAGCUAUCUUGCUGAUCCUCAUCCCGGCCUCCCUCAUCGCCCUCCGCGAUCGCCGCUACUUGGGUGCCUUCCGCCCCCUCGCCGUCGCUGGCCACGUCUCCCUCUUUCCCCUCCUCUACACUCCGGCCGAGUUUCCCAUCAAGGUCCUCUACACCCUUGCUUGGCUGCUGGUAUUCCUCCUCGCCUUUGAUCACCUAGCCCCUGCGUCGGACCGCUCGCGCGUGUUCCUCCUCGAUCGCUUCUCUCUCCUGUAUAUCGCAGUCAGUAUUCCGCUCGUCGCGUACUGUUCCCUCGUCCAUGGGUUAGUCUGGGGAGCCAAGUACGAAUUCCUGCCCCUCAUGUUCACGAGCUCGUAUGCGGCCGUUGGGGUCGUGGGCAGUUGGGUCGGCUUUUUGGUCGUGUAUUUUACUAGCUAGACCUAGCAUAGCAUAUAAUAGAUAUCGAUACCCUUCAAAACUCC